CAUGACGGGUCGGCUAAUGUAAUCAGGAGUAACUGCGGCGCUCCCGGAGCUUCGUCUCUCAGUCUGCCCCAGACUCAGCACAGACACACACUCCUCACACAGGAAGGUGAGUGACUCUUGGUCAAAAUGACUGAGCGCUACGACUGCCACUACUGCAAGGAGUCCCUGUUUGGAAAAAAGUACGUUCUUCGAGAGGACAAUCCCUACUGUGUGAAAUGUUAUGAGAGCCUGUAUUCCAACACUUGUGAAGAGUGCAAGAAACCCAUUGGCUGUAACACCAGGGAUCUGUCCUACAAGGACCGCCACUGGCAUGAGGACUGCUUCAAGUGCUUCCAGUGCAAGCGCUCCCUGGUGGACAAGCCGUUCUCCACCAAGGAUGAGCAGCUUCUUUGCACCGAGUGCUACUCCAACGAGUACUCCUCCAAGUGCCAUGAGUGCAAGAAAACCAUCAUGCCAGGCUCCAGGAAGAUGGAGCACAAGGGCAACAGCUGGCAUGAGACCUGCUUCACCUGCAAGCGGUGCCAGCAGCCAAUUGGUACCAAGAGUUUCAUCCCGAAGGAGAACCAAAACUUCUGUGUGCCUUGCUAUGAGAAGCAGUUUGCCAUGCAGUGUGUACAUUGUAAGAAGCCCAUCACUACUGGUGGGGUGACCUACCGUGAUCAGCCCUGGCAUAAGGACUGCUUCCUGUGCACCAGCUGCAAGAAGCAGUUGUCUGGCCAGAGGUUCACCUCCAGAGAUGACUUUGCCUACUGUCUGAACUGCUUCUGCAACCUUUAUGCCAAGAAGUGUGCCUCCUGCACCACCCCGAUUAGUGGUCUGGGAGGAAGCAAAUACAUCUCCUUCGAGGAGCGCCAGUGGCACAACGACUGCUUCAACUGUAAGAAGUGCUCUGUGUCCCUGGUUGGCCGUGGCUUCCUGACUGAACGGGAUGACAUCCUGUGCCCAGAGUGUGGCAAAGAUAUUUAAAAAUACAAAAAUACAACUAACAAAUGGCAGAUAUUUUGAAUAAGUACUAUUAGACAAUAAAAUAUAUAGCAUCUUUGAUGUAACUAUGAUUGUACAUUGUUUUCAGCUCUGGAUUGCACACUAAUUGUGUUCUUUGACUUCAUGAAGCUUAUUCAAAGUUACCUGUAAGUUCCUUCAAGAUGAAAAUGUAUUUACUAAUCAAGAAGCGGUAGGCAUGAAUGUAAAGAGUUGCAUGCUAAGUAAAGCAACUGCGUUAAUUUAAACUUUCAUCAGUAACGUGGUCAGCAUUUUGUGAGCAGUCAAACCUGAUGCCAGAACACCGUGUUCCAAAUUAUUAUGCACAUUGGAUUAAAGUGUCAUAAAGAUUACAAUUUCUGUUGAGCUAGUAAACUUAUAGGCCGUAUUGUGUGUCAGGACUCAGGCAUAAUGAAGAAGGUUUCUGUUAGACAAAUUCAUCAGAUUAAGCUGAUAAAAUGCCCUUACAAAGCAGCAAACAGUUAUUAGAAGCUGCAGGUGCCUCUGGAACCUCAAGGUGGAGGAUCCACCAGAGGCUUGUGGUGCAUGAACCGACUAUUCAGCCCCCCUGACCAGAGAUCACAAGCAGAGACGGUCACAUGAAGAUUAAAUUUCAAACAGACUUGUUCACUGAUGACUGCUGUGCAACCCUGGAUGGUUCAGAUGGACGCAGUAAUGGAUUGGUGGUGGCUUUGGGCCCAAAUCAUGGGGAGAGAAUCAUUGGUCGGCCCCUUGACCUCAGGUAUAUAUAUGGACUUUCUGACUCAUCACUUUCUUUCAUUGUUCAAAAAGAAGAGUCGUGCCUUCAGCAGCAAAACCAUCUUCAUACUUCAAGGAAUACCACCGUGUCAUUGGCUGCUAUGAGCAUAAAAGGGGAGAAACUCCUUUGUGGUCACCAUCCUCCUCUGACCUCAACCCUAUUGAGAAUAUUUGGAGUUUCCUCAAGUAGAAGAUCAGAAGGUGGAAUGAAGUUCAUAUCAAAACAGCAGCUCUGUGAAGGUUUCUGACAUCCUGUAAAGAAAUUCAAGCAGAAACUCUCCACAAACUCACAAGUUCAAUGGAUGCAACAAUUGUGCAGGUGAUAUCAAAGAAGGGGUCCUUUGUUAAGAUGUAACUCGGUCUGUGAAGACGUUUUUGAUUGAAAUAGUUUUUGAUUUUAAUACAUGUGACCACUUAAUGCUGCACAUUCAAAUAAUGACCAUUUGCUGUGCAUAAUAAUUUGGAACAGUGUAUUUUGAGUUUUUUAUGAAAAAAAAGAAUACUGUUCUCACAGGGAGCUUUGUUCAGUACUGAUUGAUAUUGUAACAGAUCCUGACUUGAAAAUUAUACUGACCAUCAUUUACAUUGACCAUUUAAGAAAAUCUGAGGAAAUAUCACUGCCAUAAUAAUUUGGAAACGGUGUAUAUCAAAGUUUUUCUAUUGACGUCUUUGAGAAUGCCAAGUUUUUUCAAAUGCAGAAUUUGAACUAUGCUGCGCCUUAUAUUUUCUUGGGAGAGAGAAAGACAGAUUUUUGGUCAAAAAUAAAAAUAAAUCAACGAAAUGAAUAAAAUAAAAACUGACUUGUAAAUUUGUU